CUCUGCAUUCUGGGCAAUGUGUUUUUGGCAGCUUGUUAAUACUGUUACCCCCAUCCCAUUUCUUUGGCUUUUCCUCUGAUUUGGGGCUAGCUGAACUGCAUUCAGUUUUGUUUCUGAGUAACUUUGGGUCUGAAUAUAUUGGCCAUUGCCCAUUUACAGCCCUACUCUCUUUAGAUUUUAUCAUCUCAUCACAUGUCACCACAGCAGGAAGUAGCAAGAGGCAGGGUGGUGUUUACCUAUGAAGAGUACGCAGCACAGUUUCCUUUUUUUAAGGUGGUUGGCUGUUUUGAGGUGAAGCUACUCUUUGUGAUUGGGGAUCCUGUCAAAAUAAUACGAUCAAAUAUCUUUAAAAGAGUUGUGACACUCUGCCACUGUCUCUGAUCAGUUUUUACAUAUGUGUGUAUCAAGAUUUACAGGCUCCUUCCUGAAGCACUCAUCUUUUAAGGUCUUGCUGCUUAAACUGCAGUGAACGGAAAAUUGGGGAGGAGUCUAGCCAGCACAGGCAGGAAAUGGUUAACAGCCAUUCAUAUCACCUGGAAAAGCAAUUCUUUGAUUUGUCAGAGGGCGCUAACAUGCUGCAACUCAUAGGAAACAAAGGAAAGGGAAGCAACUAUUAAACGUGAGCCUAGAUCUUAAUUUCAGUGACAGAAUUGAGGAGUGAGGCUGGACUUUGAUGUGUGCUGCAAAAUGUGGAAUUUGGGCUUGAAAGUAUUUUUUUUGUCCUAUCUCUGUUCAGAGAGGAAACAGGGAAAUAAAUCUGGUUCCAGCUGGAGAACUUAGACUCAGGAGAAGUUAUCUGAGAGGCUGUAGCAGGCAGGAAGAGGACUGUAGUCCAGUGAGGAGUGGCUGCUUAGGUCAAUUCUGGAAGUUCAGAGUGCUUAGCAAACCGCUUUCCUCAGUGAACAUGGUGAAAGGACUGGGGGUAGAAGGUUUUAUUCCCCUGUUUCACUUUGGUUCCGCUGGCAUCCAACAGUCAUCUCCUGUACCAGUGCUAACUGCAGUUGUCCUGAGAAAAUGUCCAUCAGGGGACUGAAGAAGAAGCAACCUAAGACUUUUAAAGUGAAAGUUAUAACAAUGGAUGCUGAAAUGGAGUUCAGCUGUGAGAUGAAGUGGAAGGGAAAGGACUUGUUCGACUUGGUGUGCCGAGCAUUAGGACUAAGGGAAACUUGGUUCUUUGGCUUGCAAUACACAAUAAAAGGAAUGUACACCUGGUUAAAGAUGGAUAAAAAGGUUUUGGAUCAAGAAAUCCCCAAAGAAGACCCUGUUAGCUUUCAUUUUUUGGCUAAAUUUUAUCCAGAGAAAGUGGAAGAGGAGCUAUUACAGGAAAUUACCCAGCACCUAUUCUUCUUGCAGGUUAAGAAACAGAUAUUGGAUGAAGAAAUCUAUUGCUCUCCAGAGGCUACAGUUUUAUUGGCUUCUUAUGCUGUGCAGGCUAAGUAUGGUGACUAUGACCCGAAUUUUCAUGAGCCAGGCUUUCUUGCCCAAGAAGAGCUGUUACCCAAAAGAGUCCUCAGGCAGUAUCAGAUGACAGCAGACAUGUGGGAAGAAAAGAUAUCGGCUUGGUAUGCAGAGCACAGGGGUAUUGCCAGGGAUGAAGCAAAGAUGAACUAUUUGAAAAUUGCUCAGGACUUGGAGAUGUAUGGUGUCAAUUACUUUCCUAUUGCUCAAAAUAAGAGCGACACAGAUCUCCUACUUGGAGUUGAUGCUAAAGGUAUUCACGUCUACAGCAUAAAUAACAGGUUUUCUCCAAAUAAGUCUUUUGAAUGGAGUGGUAUCAGAAACAUUUCCUAUAGUGAGAAAGAGCUAACUAUUAAACCUCUUGAUAAAAAAGCAGAAGUUUUCAAAUUCUUUUCCUCGCAGCUCAAAGUGAACAAACUGAUUUUACAGUUGUGCAUUGGAAACCAUGACUUGUUCAUGAGAAGGAGAAAAGUGGACUCCAUCGAGAUCCAGCAAAUGAAAGCUCAGGCCAGGGAGGAAAAGGCUAGAAAAAAAAUGGAGACUCAAAGGCUGGCCAGGGAGAAGCAGCUCAGAGAAGAAGCAGAGCGUGCCAAAGAAGAGCUGGAAAGGCGUCUCUUCCAGAUGGAAGAUGAAGCCAGGCAAGCCAACGAGGCACUGCUGCGGUCCCAGGAAACAGCAGAGCUGCUGGCGGAGAAAGCUCAGAUUGCAGAAGAAGAGGCCAAACUGCUGGCCCAGAAUGCUGCAGAAGCUGAGCAAGAGCGGCAGAGGUUGGAGAUCACAGCACUGAAAACCAAGGAGGAGAAGCGUCUGAUGGAGCAGAAGAUGCGGGAGACAGAGCUGAUUGCAGUAAAACUGGUGAAAGAGUCAGAUCGAAGAGCCAAAGAAGCUGAACAUCUAAAACAGGAUCUGCAUGAAGCCAGGGAAGCUGAACGAAAAGCAAAGCAGAAACUUCUGGAUGUAACUAAGCUUAAUUAUCUUCAUGUGGCCCGGUAUCCUCAUCAUUCACCUGCUGACACCAGAGAUGUCAACUUUGACAAAGGAUGUGUAAAGAUGGAUUUAAAAGAUGUAGAUCUGAAGAGACUGUCCUUUGAGAUAGAAAGAGAGAGGUUAGAUUACUUGGAAAAGAGCAAAAAAUUUGAAGAUCGAUUGAAAGAGCUGAAGUCAGAAAUCCAGGCGUUAAAACUAGAGGAAAAACAAACUGGGCUCUACUCUCACUGGAGUGAAGUUCUUGGAUCCUUGGAUCGUUCAAUAGGAAAUGCUCCCUCAUGGAUGAAAACCUUUGGAGUUGGAGACUUGUUUGAUACAAAUCUUAGAAAGCCCUUUCCAGCUUAUCCAUUAAAUGCCGCAAGCAGCUGGCCAUGUACUAAUAAGAGUCAACAUACAGUGCCUGUGGAAAAGUCAACUUUUCAAACAAAUACCUUGGUUGCCAGCAAUGUGGGGACAGGAACUAGAAAACAGAUUAUAAAGGUUCAGCAGCAUGACUCGGACGUGAUCUACAUUUGAAGCUUCUCAGCAAUUCAGUAAUGCUUUCAUCAAGAGGUGAAUAGGCAGAACUUGAGAGUAAUCCAUUUGGCUGCCACAACUUACUUACACAAAACCACUAUAUACCUUUUUAGCUACUCGAUGUCAGCAUCAAAACAUGUCCUGUAAUGAGAGUGUGGUGCUGCUCAGUGUCCAGAGAGGCAACAUAUGCCUGUAGCACUGAAAAUGACAAGCAUCUUUCAUGGUGGCAAACAUGAUGCAACUUGGCUCCUAUAUUAUUUCAUCUGUGCUUUGUGAGAAAACACUUUAGGAUAACAGGCAUUUUAAAUGUAAAGUGCUUUUUAAACUAUGGAGCACUACUGAAAUGCAGGACCCUUUAAAGCGAAGAGUAGUGUCAGUGGAACACAUUGUGGGAGGAGGAGAUAUUUGGGAAAACUGUUUUUAUAAAAAAAAAAAUGUACAGAGCACACAUGACUUUGUGUUAAGUCUUAGCAGCUGGUGUGACACUUUUAAAGCCUGUUUCAGCAUAGGUGUUAGUCCACAGAACAUUUUUCACUUCUUAUCCCUAAACAUAACAGACUGUCUCCAUACUGGACUUAUAUUUCUAUUAGAGAAAGUUUAGCUCUUAAUUCUAAAUUUAGGAUUGGACAGGCUUUUUUGUAGGUCUUAAUACAUCUAUUAUUUUGAUGUCUCAUGGAGAUGUGAAUGAAUCCUUAGUGUGGAAGUGCAAGGCUUUUGUUUCUAUAUGGUUUUUGUGAUCGUGUGGAAUAACUUUGUUGCUGCCACUGGUAGAAGACUGCAUAACUUACUGUCUGAGAAAUCUAAGUACUAGAGACAAAGGACACCUAACUGGUAUCUGCUAAAGAGGGACUUGUCUCUGAUGAAGACGAACCAUGGUAUCCACCACCCAGCAUCUACUUUAUCAGUAGGACCAAUUUGUACUUGAAGAUGUUGUGCAUUAAAUGUAUAUUUAACUGAGAUCUUCAUACAGAUUUCUGUGGAAGUAGACAAUACAAAAUUGUAGCUAAAAUAGAUUGAACAUGCAGGACUGAGUAAAAAUGGAUGUUAAUGUUCAUAAACCUCUAGUCCUAUAAGUUAUAUCUAAAGUGUAUUGAAUAAAGCUUCAAUCCCU